GUAGUGGACAUGUCAAAAACUAAGAAGCUCCAUGGUCCCACAAUUCUUUGAGAUGUUUAAAGCUUAGUUGAGGAGUUGGGGAAGGAGUGGUCUUAGCUAAAGUAAUUAUACUGGCUCCACAAAACACACAUUAUUACCAGUUCAUAGUUAUAGUCCCUCCAAAAACUAGCAGUACAAGGCAGCAUAAGCUAAAAUCCAUGAACGGAACCGAGUGGAAUGGGAUUGGUAAGGCUUGAUUUGGGAGCUGUGCCUUCACACACUGGAACUCUUCUGAGUGGGUGGGAAAAAGAUACCACUUCUCUUUCUUUUUGCAUAUUCUAGGUUGAGAUAAACAGGGAAUGAAAAUAAUCUGUCUGCCACCCCUACUUUCUGUACUGAAUCUGAAGAAAGCGUUAUUGACUUGUCAACAAAUAAAAAGAGUAGAAUAAAAGAGAAGUGGCAGAAAUAGUCAAAAAUUUUCUCUUUGGAUAUUGAAAGGAGGCCUCCAGGGGGCAGCACGAAGACAGAGAAAUAAACCAAGAUCAUUUAGUCCUCCUUGGUCUGGGGCUCCCCACAGUUUCCCACCAUCACUCCUCCCAUUCCUUCCAACUUUAUUUUUAGCUACCAGUGGGAGGGGGUAGGAUAGGAGGGAAAGUAAAGAAAACAGAAAAGAAGAGAGACAGAGGCACAGAGGACUUCUGACACAGGACAGAACAACCAGGCAUGGAGCUCCCCUUCUUCCCUCACCUGUUCUUGCCCCUGAUGUUCCUGACAGGUCUCUGCUCCCCCUUUAAUCUGGAUGUGAAUCACCCACGCCUAUUCUCAGGGCCACCAGAGGCUGAAUUUGGAUACAGAGUCUUACAGCACAUUGGGGGUGGACAGAGAUGGAUGCUGGUGGGCGCCCCUUGGGAUGGGCCUUCAGGCGACCGGAGGGGGGACGUUUAUCGCUGCCCUAUAGGGGGGCCUCACAAUGCCCCAUGUGCCAAGGGCCACUUGGGUGAUUAUCAAUUGGGAAAUUCUUCUCAUCCUGCUGUGAAUAUGCACCUGGGCAUGUCCCUAUUAGAGACAGAUGAUGAUGGGGGAUUCAUGGCCUGUGCCCCUCUCUGGUCUCGUGCUUGUGGCAGCUCUGUCUUCAGUUCUGGAAUAUGUGCUCGUGUGGAUGCUUCAUUCCAGCCCCAGGGAAGCCUGGCACCCACUGCCCAACGCUGCCCCACAUACAUGGAUGUUGUCAUCGUCUUGGAUGGCUCCAACAGCAUUUACCCUUGGUCUGAAGUUCAGACUUUCCUGCGAAGGCUGGUAGGAAGAUUGUUUAUUGAUCCAGAGCAGAUACAGGUGGGACUGGUACAGUAUGGAGAAAGUCCUGUACAUGAGUGGUCCCUGGGAGAUUUCCGAACCAAGGAAGAAGUGGUGAAAGCAGCCAGGAACCUCAGUCGGCGGGAAGGACGAGAAACAAAGACUGCCCAAGCAAUAAUGGUGGCCUGCACAGAAGGGUUCAGUCAAUCCCGAGGAGGCCGAUCAGAGGCUGCCAGGCUACUGGUGGUUGUCACUGAUGGAGAAUCACAUGAUGGAGAGGAGCUUCCAGCAGCACUAAAGGCCUGCGAGGCUGGAGGAGUGACACGCUAUGGGAUUGCAGUCCUUGGUCACUAUCUUCGGCGUCAGCGAGACCCCAGCUCUUUCCUGCGGGAAAUUCGAGCUAUUGCCAGUGAUCCAGAUGAGCGAUUCUUCUUCAAUGUCACUGAUGAGGCUGCACUGACUGACAUUGUAGAUGCACUAGGAGACCGAAUUUUUGGCCUUGAGGGGUCUCAUGGAGAAAAUGAAAGCUCCUUUGGGCUGGAAAUGUCUCAGAUUGGUUUCUCCACCCAUCGAUUAAAGGAUGGGAUCCUCUUUGGGAUGGUGGGGGCCUAUGACUGGGGAGGCUCAGUGCUAUGGCUUGAAGAAGGUCACCGCCUUUUCCCCCCACGAACAGCCCUGGAAGAUGAGUUUCCCCCUGCCCUGCAGAACCAUGCAGCCUACCUGGGUUACUCUGUUUCCUCCAUGCUUUUGCGGGGUGGACGCCGCCUCUUUCUCUCAGGGGCUCCUAGGUUUAGACAUCGAGGAAAAGUCAUCGCCUUCCAACUUAAGAAAGAUGGGGCCGUGAGGGUCGCCCAGAGCCUCCAGGGGGAGCAGAUCGGCUCAUACUUUGGCAGUGAGCUCUGCCCAUUGGAUACAGAUAGGGAUGGGACAACUGAUAUUUUACUUGUGGCUGCCCCCAUGUUCCUGGGACCCCAGAACAAGGAGACAGGACGUGUUUAUGUGUAUUUUGUGGGCCAGCAGUCUUUGCUAACACUCCAAGGAAUACUUCAGCCAGAACCUCCUCAGGAUGCUCGGUUUGGCUUUGCCAUGGGUGCUCUUCCUGAUCUGAACCAAGAUGGAUUUGCUGAUGUGGCUGUGGGGGCACCCCUGGAGGAUGGGCACCAGGGAGCUCUGUACCUAUAUCAUGGAACCCAGAGUGGAGUCAGGCCCCAUCCUGCCCAGCGGAUUUCUGCUGCCACCAUGCCACAGGCCCUCAGCUAUUUUGGCCGAAGUGUGGAUGGACGGCUUGAUCUGGAUGGAGACGAUCUGGUAGAUGUGGCUGUGGGUGCUCAGGGGGCAGCCAUCCUGCUCAGCUCCCGGCCCAUUGUCUACCUGGCCCCAUCACUGGAGGUGACCCCACCUGCCAUCAGUGUGGUCCAGAGGGACUGUAGGCGGCGAGGCCAGGAAGCAACAUGCUUGACUGCAGCCCUUUGCUUCCAAGUGACUUCCCGUACACCUGGACGCUGGGAUCACCAAUUCUAUAUGUGGUUCACAGCAUCACUAGAUGAGUGGAUGGUUGGGGCACGUGCAGCAUUUGAUGGCUCUGGUCAGAGGAUACCCCCACGGCAGCUCCACCUCAGUGUGGGGAACAUCACUUGUGAGCAGCUGCACUUUCACGUGUUGGAUACAUCAGAUUAUCUCCGGCCAGUGGCCUUAACUGUGACAUUUGCCUUGGACAACACCACAAAGCCAGGGCCUGUGCUGGAUGAAGGUUCACCCACCUCUAUACGAAAAUUGGUCCCCUUCUCGAAAGAUUGUGGCCCUGACAAUGAAUGUGUCACAGACUUGGUGCUUCAAGCUAAUAUGGACAUAAGAGGUUCCAGGUUGAUAGACACAAACCGGGCAAACCAGGGUGAUCUGAGACAGACCAGAAGGAACUUGAAGGGAGUUGGGGGUUUGUUUCUUAUAAGGUUAACAGAAGUGAGAUUUUUAGUACUCCUUCAACUCUUGGUCUCUCCCUUAUCUACCACUCCCAGGAAGGCCCCAUUCGUGGUUCGAGGUGGCCGGAGGAAAGUGCUGGUAUCAGCAACUUUGGAGAACAGGAAGGAAAAUGCCUACAACACUAGCCUGAGUGUCAGCUUCUCUAGAAAUCUCCACCUGGCCAGUUUCACUCCUCAGAGGGACAGCUCAGUAAAGGUGGAAUGUGCAGUCCCUUCCCCUAAUGCCCGGCUCUGCAGUGUGGGGCAUCCUGUCUUCCAGACUGGAGCCAAGGUGACCUUUCUGCUUGAGUUUGAGUUUAGCUGCUCCUCACUCCUGAGCCAGGUCUUGGUGAGGCUGACUGCCAAUAGCAGUAGCCUGGAGAGAAAUGGGACCCUUCAAGAUAACACAGCCCAGAUCUCUGCCUACAUCCAAUAUGAGCCUCACCUCCUGUUCUCUAGUGAGUCCACCCUGCACCGCUAUGAAGUUCACCCCUACAGGACCCUCCCAGUGGGUCCUGGCCCUGAAUUCAAAACUACUCUUAGGGUUCAGAACCUCGGCUGUUAUGUGGUCAGUGGCCUCAUCAUCUCAGCUCUUCUUCCAGCUGUAGCCCAGGGAGGCAAUUACUUCCUGUCACUAUCUCAAGUCAUUACUAACAAUGCAAGCUGCACAGUGCAGAACCUGACGGAGCCCCCUGGGCCCCCUGUGCAUCCAGAGGAGCUUCGGCACACAAAUAGACUGAAUGGCAGCAAUACGUGGUGUCAGGUUGUGAGGUGCCAUCUUGGGCAGCUGGCAAAGGGGACUGAGGUUUCUGUUGGACUACUGAGACUGGUUCACAAUGAAUUUUUCCGGAGGGCCAAGUUCAAGUCUGUGAUAGUGGUCAGUACCUUUGAGCUGGAAACUGAGGAAGGCAGUGUCCUACAGCUAACUGAAGCCUCCCGUUGGAGUGAGAGCCUCCUGGAGGUGAUUCAGACCCAUCCUGUCCUCAUCUCCCUGUGGAUCCUCAUCGGCAGUGCCCUGGGAGGGCUGCUCCUGCUUGCUCUCCUCGUCUUCUGUCUGUGGAAGCUUGACUUCUUUGCCCGUAAGAAAAUCCCUGAGGAAGAAAAAAGAGGAGAGAAGCUGGAGCAAUGAAUGUAAAAUAAGCCUUUAGAAAGUCCUCCCUGGCAGCUUCUUCAAGAGACUUUCAUCAAAGGAGAGGUUUGGAGGCUCAGAGAAGACAAGAAGAUGCCUCUGGACUAUCUCCCCAGACCUGUAGCUUGACUUGACUUUUGAGUCCUGGGAAUGUUGCUGGCAAGAGAUGAGGCUUUACCUCAGACAAAAAAGCCUGGCACAAAAACUUGAAACACUCCCACCCUGUGCUUCCCUCUUUCUCAUGAUCCUGGGGUCUUUGUUCCUCCCACCCACCACCACCAGAAACAAAAGAAUUUCUGCAUUGGGCCCUUUCUCCUUUCAGAUUCCCUCUUUGUCCUGGAAAGGAUAAGUGUUAACCUCCUCCAUUCCCCCACUCUCUCACCUUCCUGCCUGCUCCCCACUCCACAGGAGGGAGCUGACGUUGGCUUGCAAGAUGUAAAGUCAACAUCUGCCGCUUUCCUGUGGAGUCUAGUGAUUCAUAGAGCCGGAUGGGGAGAGUCAACAGGAAAAAAGGAGGGAGGAGGAAAAGCCACAAGAGACACUCUGUACAAUUCCAAGGAACAGAGAAGCCUUUAGACAGGCAACUGCCAUCCCCCUGAAACCUGAGACUUCGUGGUGCAUUCGCCCGCCCUCAGGUGCUAGGGAAACAGAGCUGCCCCCAGGCUUGCUGGGCAUGGGCUUCCCAACCCUUAGCAUUCCCUGGGAGCAAAGCCAGGGACUGGUGCCUGAUUUUCUGGAGCCAGGGGCCCCCAGGUGGCUAAAACUAGAAUAGCAGAGAAGACCAGGUAGUUAAGCAGUGUUUUCUCCACUUCUCUCAGAUCUUACUUGCUCUCUUGAGCCCUCCUGGAGAGGUUUUCCUUAUAGAAAGCUGAGAGGAGACUCCUGCUUGAUGGUGGGAAACUCUUUUGCUUUUCCAUCUUUGGGAAGCAGCAGCCCCAUGGGAUCUGAACAAGGAGGGUGUGCAUUAAGAAGCCAAAAGUGGGGGGCAUGAUGUCUCUAGGGAGCAAGCCCUUUCUUGUCCAGCACUAGUUGUGUAGCAGAUAGCUCUUAGGAAAAUGUUUCUGGGGCAACCCCAGUCAUACUUUGUAGGUUUCUCUGUUGGAAUCAGUUUACCAGACCUUGUUUGAUGUUUACUGGAAAUCCCCAAGUAAAUUUCUGACCUACCCCACCCUCAUCCCAUAUUUUGGUCAUGGCCAUUAAAGGCAAUUGGAUUCUCAUAGACACAGGGAAACUAGUGUUUCUUUGUAAUCAAGACUAUGGAUACCAAAGUCAGUUACUGGUCUCAGAGUACAGCUCUUACAACCAUUGAAGAAUCAACACGUAUUUAGAGUUGAGAAGAGAGAAGACACUGAUUGGGCAGUUGACCCGCAGCUACAAAACCUGUCUGCCCAGGCUGUUCUUAAGGUCUAGAUGCAUUGUUUAUUUUGGCAUGUCUCUUGUCUUCUAUAGAGAGCAACCCUCCUGGACAUUGUCUGUUUCCUAGCAGGAUGGACAAUGUAUCACAUGGUCAGAACAAAUAAA